ACCGAGCCGCAGCGACGAGACCAGGCUACUUCCAACCGCUCCGGGAAGCCGACACUCGGACGAGUCGAGUCGCAAAAAUAUAAAGACAAAAAAAAAAAAAAAAAAACCAUAAAAAAGAAAGAUGCACAUUUAGGACGGUUUUUGGUUGUUUGGGGGGGAAACGUGGAGCACAGGCUGGUGAGCUUUGCUUGGCGUCGUGUUUUCCUUUUUGGGUGCCUCCUCGCCGGUCGCACCGGACAAGUGAGUGAGAGUGGGCUGCUCGGAGUCACUUACAAAGACCGUCGAGAAGUCAUGGCACGACGGAGGAUUAAUUUGGAUGAGACUGCUUGAAAGACAAAAAAAAAAAUAUGGCGGCGGCCAGGUCCAGCGCUGGCCUCGCGCUUGUGCCGAUCAUGUGGCUUCUGUGCGGGUUGCGCUCCUCACCCGCCCGUGCUCAACACUACAACAGCGAGAGCGCCAUCUCCAUCCCGGAGCACGGAUUUUGCCAGCCCAUCUCCAUCCCGCUGUGCACCGACAUCGCCUACAACCAGACCAUCAUGCCGAACCUCCUGGGCCACACCAACCAAGAGGACGCGGGGCUGGAGGUGCACCAGUUCUACCCGCUGGUGAAGGUCCAGUGCUCGGCCGAUCUGAAAUUCUUCCUGUGUUCCAUGUACGCUCCCGUCUGCACGGUUCUGGAGCAGGCCAUCCCGCCUUGCCGGUCCCUGUGCGAGCGCGCACGGCAAGGGUGCGAAGCCCUCAUGAAUAAAUUUGGCUUUCAGUGGCCCGAGAGGCUUCGCUGCGAGGCCUUCCCGGUCCACGGGGCCGGCGAGAUCUGCGUGGGUCAGAACACGUCGGAGCCCGGCGGCCCGGGUUCGUCGUCGUCCUCGUCUCCGUACCCGCCCGUGCCGGUGACCCUCCCCCCCAGCUUUGGCCAACCCAAGUCCCCGCCGCACAACCAGUUCUCCUGCCCGCUGCAGCUGGACGUUCCGUCCUACCUGGGCUACAAGUUCAUGGGCGUCAAAGACUGCGGGGCCCCCUGCGAGCCCGCCAAGCCCAACGGGAUUAUGUACUUCCGGGAGGACGAGGUGAAGUUCGGCCGGCUCUGGGUGGGUAUCUGGUCCAUCCUGUGCUGCGUGAGCACGCUGUUCACGGUGCUCACCUACCUGGUGGACAUGAGGCGCUUCCGCUACCCCGAGCGGCCCAUCAUCUUCCUGUCCGGCUGCUACUUCAUGGUGGCCGUGGCGUACGCGGCGGGCUUCUUCCUGGAGGACAAGGUGGUGUGCGUGGACAAAUUCAAGGAUGAUGGCUACAGGACGGUGGCCCAGGGGACCAAGAAGGAGGGCUGCACCAUCCUCUUCAUGGUCUUGUACUUUUUCGGGAUGGCCAGCUCCAUCUGGUGGGUCAUCCUGUCCCUCACGUGGUUCCUGUCGGCCGGCAUGAAGUGGGGUCACGAGGCCAUCGAGGCCAACUCGCAGUACUUCCACCUGGCGGCGUGGGCCGUGCCCGCCAUCAAGACCAUCACCAUCCUGGCCAUGGGCCAGGUGGACGGCGACGUCCUGACCGGCGUCUGCUUCGUGGGAAUCUUCAACGUGGACGCCCUGCGGGGCUUCGUCCUGGCGCCGCUCUUCGUCUACCUGUUCAUCGGCACCUCCUUCCUGCUGGCCGGCUUCGUGUCGCUCUUCCGGAUCCGCACCAUCAUGAAGCACGACGGCACCAAGACGGAGAAGCUCGAGAAGCUGAUGGUGCGCAUCGGGGUCUUCAGCGUCCUCUACACGGUCCCGGCCACCAUCGUCAUCGCCUGCUACUUCUACGAGCAGGCCUUCCGGGAGCACUGGGAGCGCACCUGGCACAUGCAGACGUGCAAGCGCUUCGCCAUCCCCUGCCCGCUCCACAACUUUGCCCCCAUGACGCCCGACUUCACCGUGUUCAUGAUCAAGUACCUGAUGACCAUGAUCGUGGGGAUCACCUCGGGCUUCUGGGUCUGGUCCGGCAAGACCUUGCAGUCGUGGAGGAGGUUCUACAAGCGCCUUAGCAACGGUAACCACGGGGAGACCACGGUGUGAAGCGGAAAACCAGGUACAGCAAUGACAAUAAUAGAGAAAAUGAGGUCAGAUAGCUUUCAUUUUUAUACUAUUUUGGACAUAUUUUUCUAUUUGUCACAAGGCCCGCAGGCAGAACUGAUUCUCCUCUCUAUAUUCGAUAUCAAAUGGAAGGAUCUGCAGUUCUUUUUCGACGAUCUCAGAACUCUUUUGAAUUCUUGGAUUUUAAAACGUGCAACCUCAUCGUCAUAAACACCGGACUUGAAGUUACUCCACCUAUUUACUCGCUCGCUACGUCCUUAUCGUGUUCCGCUCCCGUGUUGAAUGUACGUCGCUUUUCACGCGAUCCAAUAACGACUGAUGGGCCUGGGGGGGGGGGUUUAAGCCGAGUGGCGCCAAAAGGUCCGAGGACUGUGAAUGCAUUUUGUAGGCUUUUCUGGAUUUGACAUUUUUACGUUAGUCUGCUUGUAGACUGAAAUGUUGUGUGUUAGAUUAAAAACAAAAAAUAACAGCUGCAGCAAGUAAUGUUGUUGCCAAGUGAUGACGCACAAUUCUCAGAAAACUUUUUUUUCCCCUUUUUAAGUGUCCCCCACCCCACCCGCAUUGAAUGUUCACUCCGAAGGUGAAUGAAGUUAGUUUGUGUCUCUUUGCACAAAGGAUUUUUUUUUUUUGUUUGUUUGUUUCUAUAUAAUAUAAUGUCAAAAGAAGCGACUUACACUACGAACGGCCCGUUCGGUUAUAUUGUGACGACUAAAUUCCCCCGAUGGAUUUUCUUCUUGACCUUUAACCAUAGAGCCACGUUGCUCUUUUACUGCCAUAACACCCCCCCCCCCCCUUUGAGUGCUCCUCACCACUGUUGAGCCGUUCUAGCGUCUACAAUGUAAAAGCUCAAAACUUCUUGUGAAAUUUUUUGGCGUUCCCGGUUCUGUUAUGAACUCAUCGCUACCGCGGAACGCGCCGAUUAGCGACCGCGCGCACGCAGACGUUAGCGUCAGCUCGGUUUUUGCGUGUGCGUGUGUGUGUGGUCCCUAACAUCGGUGGACCCCACCCCUUCCCCGAUCAGAAGGACUUAAUACGUUUCUUCUGCGGGGGUGGAAACGGUGCUGGAGGAUCUUUUGAAUGUUUAUUCUCGCUUAGAUUUAGACGAUUGUUCACACGUUAGCCUGCCAUUCUUUUGUUUUUAAUCGCCUUAAAAUGUGUUUAAAUGGAUCUGUGCUGGGGAGGAGGAAUUUUAUUUUAUUUUUUUAUGUUUUUUUUUUUCCAGGUCCAGACUGAACUUUUUACAAACAGAGCGAAAGUGCGUGCGCCACACGGGCGCCGCUCCUCUGUCCUCGCGUGCCUCAUCCGUAAUGGAAAAAAAAAAAAGCACAGAUCAGCUUUAAAAUCAAAUAAAUGAAAGAAAUUUAAAAAAAAAAAAAAAAAAAGGUCACUCGGGUUUGAAUGUUUAGGCCUGCCUGUCUGCGUUUAGCAAGUCGGCAGUUGUCCAUAAUGUCUUUUUUUUUUUUUUUUUUUUUUUGCAUGACCUCGAAAUGUGUACCAGUUGAUAAUCUAGUAACGGACAUAAACCAAGUGUCUUAUCGCAUAACUCCACCCCUUUAUUGUGUAUUUACAGGAAAGCGCUGCUUCCCAAAAUGUAAUCCGAGCAGGGUUUCUUUUUCUUCCAAAUUAUUGCAUAUAUUUCAAUCCACUUGUUGAUAGAGCCGAUCGUCAGCCUUUUCUUUUGGACCAGAACUAGAAUGCGUCUCCGGACCAACAACAGUCCUUGUCGGUGCACAUUUUUUCUACGUGUAAAUAACGCAAAGAUAAAGAGUUUAAGAUGGAACGGAGGAUGAGUUAUUGUUUUUCCAUCGCGCAAACUACACACUCAACACACUACUAGACUGCGACACAAUCCUAGAAUGCGUAAUGUACAUAUUCUUUUUUUAUUUUAUUUUUUUUAAUAGUGACUUCUUAGCAGUUCACGUAAAAGAAAUCCCCUUAUGAAUGUGUCUAUGUGAGUGACCCGAGACUCGCCCGUUUAGGUUUUUGGUCAUAUCAGAUUCAUGUAUGUACUAUAUAUGAUUGUGCGUGUGUGUGUGUGUGUGUGUGCAUUAUGCAAAUUAUCCAUUUAAUAUGCCCAAUUUCUUAUAUUUAUGGGGAUGCUCAUCUAUCUUUUUUUUACUUCCUUUUAAAGCCUGUUGUAUCUGUACAGUCUGAAUAAAAGUGAUAAGGUUUGUAAACGUGUCGCG